CCCACCCUUGAAUUCCUGUGAGGGGUGGGGCUGUGCAGUGAUGGCUACUGAUGGAGAUAACUCUUCUCUAGGUAUUGGUGACUUGCAUGAUGUCAAAACUGAGCUAAAAGAGUUUACUACGUCUGACUGGAGGAAAUUUGGAUCAGUAGCUGGCCUCAAAUACAAUACUCUUAAUAACAUACAAGAAAACAAAACAAAAGUUGAGGAUCGUUUUGAAGAGUGCUUGGCUUGCUGGUUGAGAAGGAAGGACGAUGUUGACAGUAAAGGAAAGCCAUCAUGGAGGAGACUAGUUGAGAUAUUAGAGGAACUUGGAGAACGAGCCUUGGCUGACAAAAUUAGUAACAGAAAGGGUUUAACCUCACCUACUACUCCUGGUCAAGGCAUUUUUCUUCCUUAUAAAUUAAAAAAAGAGUAUAAAGAAAUGGAUGAUAAAUUGGGAGAUAUAUUAGUCCAUUUUGCCAAAGAAGUUUUUAGAAUGAAGAUAUUGAAUGAGCUUAAGCCUAAAAUGUUAUGUCGUUGGCGAUUAAGUAAAAAAGAAAUUGAUGACUUAAAGGAUGAGUGUGAUUUAACAAUCUUGCUUCGGAGUCAUUGUUUUUUGUGGGAAUUUGAUGCACUAAAAAAAUUAACAGAGGAUGCAAAAAUGACUGAUAUCACAAAGAAUUUAACUGAAUUAGAAGAGAAACGAAAUAAGAUGUACAAGGAUAUUCCAGCAAAGGAUUUUGCAAAAACUGCCAUUGAAUAUUGUGGUACAACUGGUAGUAGAGAGGUGACAUUUGAAGUGACAUGGGGUAUUGAUGAAACAACACUUAAAGAUUUUAAGAAAUUUCUCCAAGAUGCCUUUAGCAGUCAAGACAUUUACAUGUACAUUCAGUUGAAGACUGUCCACAAUAGUCGACUGACAUUUGUUUGUGUGAUACCACAUUGGCUAGUGGAUGAGAUGAAGGAUUAUGUUAUGAAGAAUGGUGACCUCUUUGAGUCUAAAGGAGUAGUUGAAAUUACUGUUGAUGGAACUAUUGUAUUCAGUGUGAAACAUUCAUUGGAGCCUCAUCAGUUGUCAUUAGAGAAUGAAGAAAAGAAGAAAGAGUCAUUGCAGCAGAAUGAGGAGGAAGCAGAAGAAAAAUAUAUGGAUCAGCAUUAUACACAAGAAGACAGCAGAUCUAGAACAUUUAAAAGCACUGCUCCACCAGCUGCACCUUAUACUGGACUGGUGUAUCAUGAGAAGAAGGAAGAUCAACAUUUGAUAAUAUCUACUGCGGCAAGACACAAGGAUAUUAAAACUGAAGAGCUACAAAUGCUUGAGAAAGAACUUCAGGAGAACAUCAGUAGCACACUAUCUGUUCAGGAGCAUGAAAACAUCAGUAGCAAAGAUCAAAUGACAGAAGUUAGUGAAACUACUAAGCCAUCUACGGGUAUAAAGGAGGCUAUGAUAUAUUCUGGUCUGAUUUAUUAUGAGAAAAACUUAGUGACAUUCAUUGCAGCUAAAGAUCUGUUUCUUCUUCAGAAGUAUGUUCAAACAGAGUAUCCUCAAGCAGAAAUAGGACAGCAUGUCCCCUUUAGUUUUGAUCCUUCAAGUGAUUACAUUGAGUUGAUACUUGAUGCUCCACAGGAUGAGUCAUUUCAAGGUUGGACUAUAGAACCAGAUACUAUACCUUGCAGGUUGUAUCGCAGUGAUAUUGAUGCAUUUGGUGGUGAAGAUCAUUGUCACCCACCAUCUUGUCAUAUUUCAAUACCUGAUGCUGUUCCUACUCUGAAGUACUCCAUAAGACUGGUGGGUAUGGCUGAUCCUGUUAAAUUAAAAAUUCAUCAAUCACUAGGAACUGUAUCAAUAGAUCCUACUACCUCCUCCUCCUCUUCUAAUAUAGUACAUGAUUCAACGUCAGUAGAUCUAUCAUCCACUGGAGGAGCUAGUUUAUCAGCUAGUGUUGAUAUUGAGAGAGUUAAGAAAGUGAUCAAUGAUGUUCUUGAAACUCAUUAUGCUCGCUAUCUUAACUCUUUAUCAUCUGUCAAUGCUCUUGCUGAUCAGUUAUUCAAAGCUAAGCUCAUUCGUAAUGAAGUUAAAGACCAUCCUUCGAUGAAAGCAUUCAUUACAGAGUUCAAGGCUAAUCUUAAUGCUAAGAUGACAUUAUCUCAAGUUCAGGAGCACUGUCAAAAGUUCUUAGACUCAUUCAGUGUUAUAGGAGGCAAUGAUGCUCAUGCAGCAAUAGCUUUAGCUAAGGAAUGGAAUGAACUAGUGGGAUUUGACUUUAGUGUACAGUAUUUUUAGAUCUAUGCAGUCUAUAACAAUAAAAA